AUGUUAUCAUCAAAAAUAGUUAGAAAUAGAGCACUAAGAACUGUUCCGAGCCUCCGCUUGACGCAGACAUAUUUGCCAGUGACAACAAAAUGCUUAUCGCAACCACAGCACAAGCAGUCAUCACCACAGCCAACUCAGAUGGUGGCAACUUCAAUUCUACCACUGCAUCAAAACACUGGCUCCUUGCAUCAAAUUAGAGGAUUCCAUUCUUCGGCACCUAGGUCAUUGCAGAUGCAACAAAAUCCGGAUGACCAGGAUAAUAGACCUGCAUUGGAAAAGUUUGGUACUGAUUUAACCCAAUUGGCAAAGGAUGGUAAGUUGGAUCCAGUUCUAGGACGAGAUGAAGAGAUUCGCCGUACGAUACAAAUAUUGUCUAGACGGACUAAGAACAAUCCUAUAUUGGUGGGUAAAGCAGGUGUCGGUAAAACGGCAAUCAUGGAGGGUCUAGCUCAACGAAUCAUCAAAGGAGAAGUUCCCGAGUCAAUGAAGGACAAGCACAUCAUUACAUUGGAUUUGGCGGGGAUAAUAAGUGGGGCCAAGUUUAGAGGAGAUUUUGAAAGCAAGUUGAAAUCCAUUUUGAAAGAGGUUGAAGACAAACAUGGACAAGUCAUUUUAUUCAUUGACGAAUUCCAUUUAUUAAUGGGUUUGGGUAAAGCCGAAGGGUCUAUCGAUGCCAGUAACAUGAUCAAGCCGGCAUUAGCUAGAGGUCAAUUAUCAAUGUGUGGCGCGACUACUCUUGAUGAGUAUAGGAAAUAUGUUGAGAAAGAUGCUGCGUUGGCUAGAAGAUUUUCCCCAGUCCAAGUCAGUGAGCCUACUGUUGAAGACACAAUCUCCAUACUUCGAGGAUUGAAGGAGAAAUACGAAGUUCAUCACGGGGUCAGAAUUUUAGAUUCAGCAUUGGUUACUGCAGCCACGUAUUCGAACAGAUAUAUCACAGAUAGAUUUUUGCCCGACAAAGCAAUUGAUUUGGUAGACGAAGCUAGUUCGACAUUAAGGUUGCAACAUGAAUCGAGACCAGAUGCGGUGGCCAAGUUGGAUCGUCAAAUCAUGACGAUUGAGAUCGAGUUGGAGUCCUUGCGCAAAGAAGAAGAUCAGCUUUCAAAAGACAGAAGGAUCAAGUUGGAAGAAGAUUUAGAGGUUAAAAAGAAAGAUCUUCAGGAGCUAACCAGACAGUGGGAGUCCGAGAAAAGGGUUAUUGAUGAUGUAAAAGAAGCUAAAUCAAAAUUGGAGGAAGCUAGGCACGAGUUAGACCAGAGCCGGAGAGAUGGUGAUUAUGCUACUGCAUCGAGAAUACAAUACGCUGUAAUCCCGGAGUUGCAAUCCAAAUUGCUCAAGUUGACACAGUCAGAGCAAGCUAGCAAAUCCAGUAAUCUUUUGCAUGACUCUGUCACGUCAGAUGAUAUUGCAGGAGUCAUAUCCAAAAUGACUGGAAUUCCUGUCAGUAGCUUAUUGAAGGGUGACAAAGACAAGCUUUUAGAUAUGGAAGUGAUUUUGAAACAGGAAGUUGUUGGUCAAGAUGAGGCUAUUCAUGCUGUUUCAGAUGCAGUCAGGUUGCAAAGAGCCGGUUUGACAAACGAAAACAGACCAAUUGCUUCAUUCAUGUUCCUUGGUCCGACCGGUUGUGGUAAAACCGCUUUAACCAAAGCGUUGGCAGAGUUUCUUUUCAACGAUGAAAACGCUAUAGUCAGGUUUGACAUGUCUGAAUUCCAAGAAAAGCAUUCCAUCCUGAGAUUGCUUUCCGCACCACCAGGAUACGUUGGCUACGAAGAAGGGGGUGAAUUAACGGAAGCUGUUAGAAGAAAACCAUACAGUAUAGUGUUGUUUGAUGAGUUUGAGAAAGCUCAUCCAGAUAUUGCAAAGGUGUUGUUGCAAGUGUUGGACGAAGGUUCAUUAACAGACUCGCAUGGUACAAAGGUUAGUUUCAAAAAUACAAUCAUUAUAAUGACUUCCAACAUUGGACAAGACAUUUUAUUGAACGACAAGAAUACGCACGAAGAUGGACAUAUUAAUAAAGAGGUUAAACAGCAAGUGUUGGAUAACUUGAAGCAUUAUUACCCACCUGAAUUCUUGAACCGUUUGGACGACACACUAGUGUUUAAUAGAUUAUCAAAGACGUCAUUGAAAGAUAUUUUGGAUAUCAGAUUGCGUGAGAUUGAUGACCGUUUGUUGGACAAACGUAUAGUGUUGGAGAUGACACAGCAAGCUAAGGAGUUGUUGAUUGAACAAGGGUAUAGUCCAGUGUAUGGGGCAAGGCCUUUGAACAGGGUAAUUCAAAAGAAAUUGUUGAACCCACUUGCUAUGCUUAUGUUGAAGGGACAGAUCCAAGAAGGUGAAGUUGCCAAGGUCGAAGAUAAGGAUAAGGAUAUAUAUGUCGUACCAAACCACAGUGAGGAAUCGGUGGUGAAGGAAGAAGAAGACUACUAUAGAAAGAAGGAUCAGGAUGAGUAA